AUGUACAUCAUAUCAGAAGACAAGACAUUGAAAAUUCCUCUGCGAUCCCCAAAACCCACGAAUAAAAUGAUGUUCCCAUCUUCCACCUUCCUCUUCCUCUUCAUCCUCACCUUACUUUCACAGUUCACAAGACAGGCAUGCCCCAUCCGAAACAUAGAGCCCUGCAAUUGCAAAGAAACUAAAGAUGGUGUUCAAGUUGAGUGUUCACAAGCCAGCAACGGUGAGGAGAUAGCAUUUCCUUUCAAGAAUGCCUUAUGGCCCUCCACUCAACUUAGCACAUUCAAGCUGACGGACAACAACGCCAUAGAGACGAUCCCCGAAGAUGUCUUUGCGGAUUAUUCAUUCAAGAAAAUAUGGAUGGAAAAGACUGCCAUACGAAAAAUCCACCCUUCUGCCAUCCUCCCUUCGAAAGACCAUCUUGAAUAUUUGGACAUUUCCCGUGGCCGACUUGAGGAGUUUCCCUUUAACCUCCUUCCACGUUUGCCCCGACUCAAGUUCCUCAACCUCUACUCCAAUUCCUUGACCGUAAUCCCAGCACUUAAUAGCCCCAGCCUGGAGUAUUUCUCAAUUUCAGAUAAUAUGGUUACAAGAGUGAAGGAAUUCGGAUGGAAGACCCCCAACUUGAUAUAUCUUUCCAUGAGUGAGGAAGAAUAA